CAAAGUAGUAUAGAUUAUUAGGACACGGUUGUCUACUUUUUCAUGUGUCUUCUUCUCUCUUUCUUAUUCUUAUUCACAAUCAUCAUCGUCUGGUCUUCUUUAUUUAACCCUACUCUUUUUUCUCUUCUCCCAUCUUCUCUCUCUCUCUUGGGAUCCGAUCUCUUUCCGGUGGAUAUUCCCGAUGAUAACUGUCAAAUCUUUUCCAUUUGCAUAACAUCUCCUUUUAGGGGUUUCUCUCUCUCUCUCUCUUUCUGAUGAGUACUUUAUAGUGUAUUUCAUGAAGUAUCGAUCUUCCAAGUACAAGAGGAAGAUUCAAGUUAACCUAGUCACAUACAAUAGCUCAAAUCCUGAGCUUUUUGAAGGGUUUGAGUUAAAAUCAGCCUGUUUUUUGAGGCGGCUAAUCUCAAUACGUACGGAAAAAUAAAGAUUAAAGGAUGAAUUCAUUUACUCAAGUACCACCUGGCUUCAGAUUUCAUCCAACUGAUGAAGAACUUGUAGACUACUACCUAAGGAAAAAAGUUGCAUCAAAGAGGAUAGAAAUCGAUUUCAUCAAGGACGUUGAUCUUUACAAGAUUGAGCCAUGGGAUCUUCAAGAGUUAUGCAAGAUAGGAAACGAAGAGCAAAGCGAAUGGUACUUCUUUAGCCAUAAGGACAAGAAAUAUCCCACGGGAACCCGAACCAAUAGAGCGACGAAAGCAGGAUUCUGGAAAGCCACCGGAAGAGACAAGGCUAUAUAUAUAAGACAUAGUCUUAUUGGUAUGAGGAAAACACUAGUAUUUUACAAAGGAAGAGCCCCAAAUGGACAAAAAUCUGAUUGGAUCAUGCACGAAUAUCGCUUAGAAACAAAUGAAAAUGGAAUCCCUCAGGAAGAAGGAUGGGUGGUAUGUAGGGUGUUCAAGAAGAAAUUGGCGGCAACAGUGAGGAAAAUGGGAGAUUACAAUCCAUCGCCAUCGCAUUGGUACGAUGGCCAGCUCUCUUUCAUUGACUCCGAGCUCGAUUCCAGUUCUCCACAACAGUUUAUUCCCAAUCAUAAUUAUAACCUCCACCAUCAUCAUCACCAGCUGAAAUUGCCUUGUGGCCUCAAUGCGUCUUCAGCUUAUGCAUUCAACAACAACAACAACAACAACAACCCUAACUUGCGAUGCAAGCAAGAGCUCGAGUUACAUUACAAUCACAUGGUACAACAUCAACAACAAAACAAUCAUCUUCGAGAAUCUGUGUUCCUCCAGCUUCCUCAGCUCGAAAGCCCUAACAGUAAUUGCAGCUCUCUACCUUAUGGAUCAAGCAACAACAAUAAAAAUACAAGAGAUAUUGGUAACUUGCAGCAAUCAUCAAAUCUAUCUCAUGAGGAACAACUGCAUCAAGGGAAUCAAAGUUUCAGCUCUCUUUAUUACGAUCAAGGAGUAGAACAAGUGACUACUGAUUGGAGAGUUCUCGAUAAAUUCGUUGCUUCACAGCUUAGCAAUGAAGAGGCUGCAGCUGCUGCUUCUUCUCAUCAAAACGACAUCAAGAUCGACACAAGAAGCACUGCCUAUGAUCAAGUGCAAGUGAUAGAGAAUGAUUCUGAAAGAGUUGUUGAAAUGGGAGAAGAGUAUACAAAUGCUCAUGCUGCUUCUACUUCGUCGAGUUGUCAGAUUGAUCUCUGGAAAUAGUGAUAAAAGUGAAGAAUAUGCAAGGAUGAAUAUAUAUAUAUAUAUAUAUAUAUAUAUAUAUAUGAAAACUACAUAUGCACACUAGUGCUGUGUAGAUGAUGGUGGACACAGUCUUAUACUUAAAAGAAGAAAGGGGAAAAACAAGGAGUUAUUUCCCGGAUUUAUAUAUGGAGGUUUUGUACAUAAUAAAAACCUACAACAACUAUAUGGUAUUGUGUUUUGAUUAUAUUUUGUUAUAUUAUUCACUAUAUGUUAUACGCACACAUGUAUGUGUGUAUGUAUGAAUCUAUAUAUGCAUCUCUAAUUUUAUAUAUAAACCAUAUAUGAUUUAUGAUUUAAAUUUGAGACCAAUUUUGUAUGAAGGGGACACCUACUUCUAAAUAAAAUGUAUACUUGUAUAUUUCUUCAAUUGUUGUAUACUCAUUUAAUUAAUGUCUUUUUUUUUUUUUUUUUUGUUCUUCUCUCAUGAUUAUUUGUUUGUAAAUGUUCUGAAAUCCAAACAAUCACAUCAGCAAAAAAUUGUAUACCCCUUUAUAUUAAAAAUCCGUUUAUUGUACUUACUACUUACAAAACCCAAAUUUAAGAGGUAACAUUAUAUACUUCGCUACUACUUUUAUUAGCUAGAUAUCACCAUAUAUAUAUAUAUAUAUAUAUAUAUAUAUCACACUUGCUUAAAAAAGAAAACAAGAAGUGCAAGAGCAGUAGAACAACAACAAAAAAGAAAUUAAAACAAUAAAUUCAUUCUUAUACUUAUAUAUACCAAAGUUAGUCGUAAAUAAAUUACCAAUUGACUUUUAUUAAUUUGGAUUGACUUACAUGCUUU